AUGGAAGUAUCGGAAUCGCGUCUGCCGACUUUGAUCGUGGCUGUUGCAUGUUGGGCCUUGCUAUGGACACUCGUCCUGAACAUCGUCCCUGCAGGCGCUACGAGACGCAAUCACAUCAUCUCAUUGAACGCGACGCACGGCGUCGUGUCAACGACCUCGUCAGUGAUAACUUUGUACUACGGACUAGACACGACAAUCUCAGUAGCAGUCUCGCUGUCUUUCUUCCUCGUUGAUCUCGUGGCUAUGAUUUACGCAGACGGACUGACGAACCUGCUCUCCCUCCGACUCGCACGGCUAAUGGACUACGCCCACCACGUCUUUGGGCUGUACUGGGGCGUCAAGCUCUUUGUCAACGAAGCCACAGUAUGUGACGCAUCCUUUGGGAACGCUUACGUCUGGAUGCAAACGAAUGAGUUGAGUACGGGCUUUUACAACUGGUUUCGACUUACCGAUAGCCCCGUGGCCGGUGUCUUGUUCGUCACCUCCUUCUUCUUGUUCCGGGUGGUGUUCAAUACAGUCUACAUCCUCCCCAGGGUCGCACGCAAUUGCCAGAUGCUCUACGUCUUCGGCUGCUCGCCAUUUUUCGUACUGCAGUACAUUUGGUUUUACAUGAUCGUACGUAAAAUGGUUUCGACGCGGUCUCGUGAGGACACUGUGGAAAAAGGGAAGACGCGAUAG